GCACAUCAUUGCUGUGACAGCCAGACGAGUGCAGCGAGUGGGUGGUCACCCUGGCAACAGCAAUGCUGUCAUGACCGUCUCUCUGUAUCCUACCUGACAGUCCCCACAGGCAAUGAGCGCAGCGCACACGCACACACGUUUGACAAUGCGCACACCCACACAUAUAUUUGCAAACAUGCACACGUGCUAUACACUUUCCUCAUCUCUUUAUUUGUGGAAAAACUUACUCAAACCCUGUGUGGAAAACAAACGCUCACUGAAACAAUGCACAUGCCCACACGCCUCUGCUCCUUUGGGCAUAAUUAUGUAGUACAAAGGGGACUACAAUCUCCUAUGGGGUAAGAAGGCAUACAGUGAAUAUAGAUAUACUGUAAUCACUGGAGCAGAGCUGUCAACACAUACUCAGCCGUGGUAGAAAAGAGCCUUUGCAGGACAUAAACACAAAUGUUAUGUACAGUAUAUUCACAUCACAGCAUGAGAAACCGUGUACUACGCUAUAAAGGUAAAACGAAUGGAAACACCAAACCCUGAUUCAGAUGAGAUUUUACUGUUAUUAACAGUCCUGUUUGGUCGUGGAGACAACUGACCUGCUUCCAGUCUAUUAAUACAGCACCUUACAGGCCAUUUUUAUUGACUUCCCCAUAGUCCCCGUAGUCUGGGUAGUGUAUCCAGUGUCCCAGUCCAUGCUUUGCUCUGACCCAUUUUGGAGCCAGUUGGGCAGGAAUGGGUGGAAAUGGGUCAGGACUUCAGCGGCACCACAACUCACAGCAUGAGCAAUGCUGGAUUUAGCAAAAAAAAGUAUGCAGACUUCCAUGAUACAGUGAUAGUCACUCAUAGACACGGGCAUCAAAGUGAGGAGGGACAUCAAAAGUACCCUCUUGAAAAACAAAACUAAUUUUUAAACCUGAUGUUCUGAAUUACGGAUAAAACACUGAAAUGAGAUGCACAUGCCAGGUAAUAAAAGUAGUCAUUGCAUUAGUAGUGGCCUGUUCCAUUGUUGGAAUGAUCUAAAUCUACGAACAGAUCCAUUGAUAAAUUCCGUGUAAUUAUCUUCAUUGCCAUGUUGAAUUGAAUUACCAUGUUAAUGCAUGAUCACAGCAUGUAUAUCAAACCAUGCUACAUUGAGGUUUUUUUUACAGGGCUUCAUAGUCAAAAUAAGUGUAUCCUAAUGACAGCAUUGUAAGAUAGCUGAAAUUAACACCUUUUCUUGUGUUAUAAUGCACAAAAAAGGGGAAGAAAUGUGUUCAUAUUUCACAUAAGUAUUGGGAAUAAUGGGGAAAAUCCCCCCACACCCUCCCCAAAAAGCCCCUUUAAAUAAAAGGUCCCCUUUAAAAUUUGAUCUCUCCAAAAAAAACAUUUCUUUAUUGUUGCAGCCGUAGUCAGAUCAUAAAUGUUAAGAUAAAUACAUUUUGCUGUGAAAGUUCAAUAAUAAGGUUGUUUUAAUCAAAUUAAGACUGUCUGAGACUACUUACUUCCACCUUGCAAAAAAGGGAUCAUUCCAUCUGGGAGGAUUUUAAUAUCUAUGGUCACUUGGGGACUAUAAAUAGGCAGUAGAUGAAUAACAGGCGUUUGAAAGCUUACAAUAGAGAUUCAAAAUGUUAACUUGUGCAUUACACUUGUGUAAAGUGAAAGCAUCACUCAUUUGCACACCGGAGUUGGAGCGAAAAAACUUGCGCUGCUUAGUCAUCCUCAUAUGGGAUUAUCCAAUUAUACAUACUGCACAUUGCGCACACAUUCAACCACACAGCUGUGUAAGUUGUGACCACAUUUACAUUUAAACAUGAUGUAUAAAUACCACUUAUUCCAGUCUGCAUAAAGAAAAUGUUGGAACACUGACAUGACAUCACAAUAUAAGGUAGAUAUCAUCACAAAAUGUUGACAGUUUACUGUAUAUUAGCUGUAAAGGUGUGACAACGGGAUGUAACAGUAAUGUCCAUUUGAAAUUUGCUAAAUUUCUUACUGAAAUGUAGUCUAGAGCCAUCUUGGCUCAGACUAAGACAGUGUUCAGCAGAUCCAGCUCGUUGGGAAAUAAUUUAGGAUUAGAUAAGCAGCAUAAUCCCUUUAGAGAGUGUGCCAUCUCAGCAGACACACCUGCCUAUCUCUGGCUACAUCUAUCACUUAACUGGAACCGCAGCUUUCUCUUCCCGUAGACUAUGGAUGAUACGCUCAAAUACACAAACGACAGGUGCGCUUGGAUGUUACAUUGAAAUAGCGUUUGUUGUUGCUGUACAUGGAGCUGCCCAUACACACCCAAAUCGAAGUUAUACCAUGCAAAAUUUGUGGCGACAAAUCAUCAGGUAUCCACUAUGGAGUCAUCACAUGUGAGGGGUGUAAGGGAUUCUUCAGAAGAAGUCAGCAGAACAAUGCAUCCUACUCCUGCCCCCGCCAGAGGAACUGCCUCAUCGACAGAACAAACCGAAACCGAUGCCAACACUGCCGCCUGCAGAAAUGUCUCGCCCUAGGAAUGUCCAGAGAUGCCGUUAAGUUUGGUCGCAUGUCCAAGAAACAGCGUGACAGCCUGUAUGCAGAGGUCCAGAAGCACCAAGCACGACUCCAGGAGCAGCGGCAGCAACAGACAGGGGAAGCGGAAGCUUUGGCACGUGUUUACUCAUCUAGCCUAACCAACGGACUGUCAACCCUCAACCACGAGAUUGGGGGCACCUAUGCCAAUGGUCAUGUUAUUGACCUGCCCAAGGGUGGCCAUGUGAAUGGAGGUGGCCUUCCAGGGGGAUACUAUGGGAUGGAUUCCACCCAGCCGUCUCCAGACCAGUCAGGCUUGGACAUGUCAGGCAUGAAGCACAUUAAACAGGAGCCGGUGUACGACCUGACGCCAGUACCCAACCUGUUCAGCUAUGGAGGCUACCAGGACAGUCAACUGGGACACAACAAUGUCAGCAUGGGCGAACUAGACCGCAUUGCUCAGAAUAUCAUCAAGUCUCAUCUGGAGACAUGUCAGUACACCACAGAGGAGCUACAGCAGCUGGCCUGGCAGACACACUCCUAUGAGGAGGUCAAAAUGUAUCAGAGCAAGCCUCGGGACGUGUUAUGGCAACAGUGUGCCAUUCAGAUCACACACGCUAUCCAGUAUGUGGUGGAGUUCGCCAAACGCAUCUCAGGGUUUAUGGAGCUCUGUCAAAAUGACCAGAUCCUCCUGCUCAAAUCAGGUUGUUUAGAGGUGGUCCUGGUGAGGAUGUGCAGGGCCUUCAAUCCUCUCAAUAACACUGUGCUCUUUGAGGGCAAGUAUGGCGGCAUGCAGAUGUUCAAAGCUCUAGGUUGCGAUGACUUAGUGAGCGCGGUGUUUGACUUUGCCAAGAGUUUGUGUUCCCUGCAACUGACAGAGGAGGAGAUCGCUCUCUUCUCGGCAGCUGUCCUCAUUUCCACAGAUCGUCCGUGGCUAAUGGAGCCCCGCAAAGUCCAAAAGCUCCAGGAGAAGAUCUACUUUGCCCUGCAGCACAUUAUGCAGAAGAACCACAUGGAUGAAGACGCAUUGGCUAAGCUCAUCAGUCGUAUCCCAACAUUGUCGGCUCUGUGUACGCUCCACACUGAAGAGCUCCAAGCCUUUCAGCAGCUUCAUCCAGAAACGGUCAACGUACUCUUCCCUCCACUCUAUAAAGAACUCUUCAACCCUGACCCGAACUCUGCCAUGGCCAUGCCCAAGUGACUGCUAUGGCCCCACUGCAACGAAAAAAAACAUCAGUGGAGGACCAAGACAACAAAAGUGAUGUUUGACAAUACAACAUUGGCACUAUCUACUAUGUCGUCAUCAGAUCCCGAAGCUCUCUCCAGCUCAUGUGAGAUCGGGGAGGCGAGGGGUCACCUGCCAGAAACUUACAGUUACCGCCAACAAUACUAGGAAUGUCCAGCACUUAUCCCAUCCUGUUCACCGAUACAGUCUGAAGAAUGUAUAUAUAAAAGAAACACGCCCGAGCCACAACCUUAGCGGGAGCGUCCGACUGUCUCCUGACCUGAACUGCCUGACCAGAAAUGUACAGACUUUAAAAAUCUAGGAACAUUUUAUGAUCUCAAUCUUAAAAUAUGGGUAAGUUACAUUUGUUUUCAAUUUAAAAAAAACAACAACUUUAUGUUGGUUUUGUUCCAAGAUGAAGAAAUUGUUGGAUGGGGGAGAGGAACGGUGGAAUUAGAGAAGCUAUUGUAGAUAUUCUUCUAGAACAGGGCGGAUUCCAGUAUUACUUCUGUUAAAAUAAGUUAGUCCUAAUUUAAAUAUACAGUCAACUGUGGCUGAUUAUUCCUUGUCUACAGUAUGUGUUUUUAUUUCAACGGAUAGUUUCUUGUGUACAGAAUUUGUAAAGUUGAGAUUUGUAAAGGAAUAUUGGCUAAAACUGGGAGUCAAUCUGGGUUUGCUGAUGUAUAGAAGAAGCCUUGUCUGGAUUUUGUUCAUAUGUAAAGAAGGAACAGCAUCCUUCUGUUGCAAACGUAUAAAGAUAAAGAUGUAAAGAGAGCAUAUGAAGGAUUUUUUUAAUAACUGCUACUUUUCACAGUGAAGAUGUAUACAAUUAUAUUCUAUUUUGCAAGAAAAAAAAUGAUGAUCAGAUGUGCUGUUCUAUCACAAUUUUUUUGUUGCUGCAAUAACUAGGUCCAAAAAAGCUGGACUGCUUUCGAACAAUCAAACAGAAAGAACCAAUCAGAAGCUACCACUUCAAAAUAAACCUGAUCUCACCUGGAAAUUCCACCUACCGUUCCCAUUAUAAUCAUUGGGAAUUGGUAUUAGAGUGGUGAAGAGAGUAAAAAAAGAAGGAAAAGACUUGUAACAUUCCAAUCUUAAAAGACUUGCAUUAUUUCUGCAUGCACUCAUCCCUCGCAUCACCAUUUGCACAAUCUAGUCCCUGGAUGUCCUGGACCACUCCAGGAUAUGAAUAUGAAGGAACCCAGCGAGCAAUAACUUUUACACUGCCUUUCUGAUCGAGAUGAUCUCCUUUUCCAUUUUCUGUUGUUUUGAACAGGGUAGCAGUUUGAACAAAAAAAUUGCACUAUACUUGAUUCCUACUUCUACAAAUUGUUCAAAAUUCCACCACAGACUGGACAGUGUUCUUAACAAGACAAUAUAUGAUCUGUGGUUAUGGUACACACCCGAGCACCAGGUUGCCAGGUUGGAACAAAAGUAUGUGACAAUUCAUUCGGAAAAAAUGUGAUAGACAAUCACUUAUGUUGCUUUUUGUUAGCUGUUUCAUAUUGAUAAGCACUUACAAAAUGUCUCGUUUUCAAUUAAUCUGCCUUAAUGUUAUGUUAAUGACAUUUUGGUCACUGUGUAACAUCAACUUACCGAAAUUCACCUUUGAAUUAUUUGAGGUGGGACAGUGAAGACUGGCUUUGUGCAGUGCUACAUUCUGCCACUAGGUGCUCCAUAUGCAUUAUUUUCAUACUGAGGUAGCAUAUCACCUUUUAGAAGUGGACACUCAGAAAAUGACCACAUUAAUAACAAGAAAAACAUGCAAAUGCAUGAUUAAUAUUUGUUAUAUUGGCACUAUUUUUUUUGGACAGCACUUAAUUGAAUACUGCGUGUACACAAGAAUUGGUCAUAUGUGUCUAAUGUGACGUUUCCUGCUAUCUGAAGACAAAUGUUCCUUACACAGUGGCCAAAUGUUGACCUCGCCUCGUUGCUCGUCAAAUUAGUGCUCAGCGCUCACAUCGGAUUUAAGUGAAGGUUUGGAUCCAACCCAGAUCAGUUGGCCGGUGACUGUAAGACAAUCACUUGCUCAUUAAGACUUGAUGCACUACAUAGCAUCUCUCAGGGAGCAGCUCUUUUUCUGACUUUGCAUUAGAAGAGGGUUUGAUAUUUUUGCAAAUUUACAAAAAUGUAAUUAUAAUAGAAUGACUUUUUGAGAUAAAACACAGCAUAGGCUGGAAAUGGAAUCUGCCCAGACAAGGCUUUGAUCAGUGUGUGUAUGUGUUUACAGAGCAUGAAUUCACUGUCCAAUUGUGGUUAGUACCCAGACUAUACGAUAAGCAUUAUUAGAGAUAUAUUUGCUCGACAUCGGUGUGCGCUAGUCAUCACCUGUGUACACUUAGUUUACUGCUUAUUUUGCUGCUUUUGGGAUAGUGUGUGAAGUUCAUUAGCAAACUUUGACUCGAGCACUGUUGCAACAUCGCUGGACAGUGAAUUCCGACUCUGACUAUCAAGUUUUUGUGUGUGAUGUUUUCCUUUUCCCUUGUUAGACUGUGAAUCAGAGGGGUGGGAUGGGGUUGUGAGAGAGGAUGUGCUGGCAAGAACGAGUGGUAACGCAACACUGUAAGUAAGAUACUGUAGCAAUAAGAACUGGAGGCAUUUACUACUGUCAUGUUUGCAUUGUAAGAUUAUUUUUUAUUUUAUUACUAUUUACUAUUAUUAUUGUUCUUAUUAUGUCUACUAUUCUUCUAUUACUAUUAGCCUAUUGUUGUUCUGUUCUAUUUGCAUGAAGUUUCAUUGCAAUGAAACAUUUGGGGCAUAUUUGUGUUUUCUCUUCUCAUGAUACUGUGGGGUUCUGGGCGGGAUCAUUGGCAGGAUCCAGGGUUUAGGACCGGAUCCGCAAUGGAUUUGAGUCAUUUUCCAACAAUCUGAAAGACUUUUAAAUAAAAUGUUCUUAUUUAUACACAACCGAUUUAAAAAAGAUCCUGUUGAAAUGGAUGACCUUUUUUUUUUUUUCUUUAAACCUUUGAAUGUGUGAGUUGCCAUCACCAGUCAGUGAACGGCCCUUUCUAUACUGGCCUUAUUGAACCGGAUCAGAGACCCUUACCCUGCAGACGGAGGGAAUUUUCUGAAUGUUAUGGAGUAGUUGGUUCAGUGUUCAGACUGAACACAAUACGCCUUUACCGCUCCAUCAACACAGACAGACACAUUGCAAUGCGCACAAUAAAAGUGACAUUCCAAGCGAUGGCUCAGAAAAACUGCACAGACAUUGUAAUACAUUGUUUUGAAAUACAUCUUCUAUACACUUUGUUAAACACACUCCACCCAUAAGCCCUCCGACUUUUCUUGAAAAGAACCUGAGUGAGUGCGUGUGAGAGAGAGACAGCGAUACUGUGAGACUGAGAUGCUCGACCAAUGCUUUGUAAGCUUUCUCCAUGCAUUACAGACGCGUGCAAUUGAAGUAGUGUUGAACAUUGUUAAUUUAUUGUUUAGAAUGUCUUUGCGUUCAAGCAAGAGCAAAUAAAACAAAAUGUAGCACUGUAACCAAUACCUCAAUCAGGUCAUUGAGCUUACAGAACCUCUUGUACACAGGACACAUGAAACAAAACUCAAAAAAAGUAUAUAUAAAAAAAGGAUUUUUUUUUUCUGUUGUUUUUAAAGUGCCAUAGCUAGUGAGAGCAGGAAUGGUUGGAAGACUGGGCUGUAGAUGCUUUACUGUCCGAGCUUACUUGAGAAACCAAUCAUUCAAAGCGGAAACUCCAAGGAAAAUGUGCAUUUGAUUACACUGGUGAACAGUUUUUACAUUUUAUGCUUUCUUCAUUUGGUAAUGGAGGACUCUGCAGGACUCUGAGCUCUGACUCUAUCAAUCCAGGAGCUCCUCUGUGCAGUUUCAUUUUCACAUCAGAAUGAUAGUACGUGUGUGCGCGCCUGUGUGUGUGUGUGCAUGUAUAAAUUUGCAUUUAAUUGAGUCACAGAUACCUAAUUGUGAUGGAUAAGAAUGGGUAAAAGUUCAGAGCUAUGCAGGGCCCUUUACUGAGUCCUCCUUUGAUAUGUGUACAUAUAAUGUGAAGGUCUGAAGUGAUUUUUGUUAAAUUCUAUAUUUUAUCGCUUUUGUAGACAUUUUGUUGUGGGAAGAAAAAAAUACAAUAAAUUUUAUGGGUGCA